GAAGAGCUCUUCAGCAAGCAGUGGCGGCAUGAACUCUGCGUUUUCCAUCUUCCAGAACACGUCCUACGAACCUUAGAUAGAAAGUGAUUAAGCAUGCUUUCUAGUUCUUCCGUUCAACGGGCUAGUCGACCGUACCCUCGCGAUGUUCUGCGGCUUAUGGGUUAUGGCCCGCGACAUCUUCGCAGCGGCAAUGGAUGCUUAACAGCUGGAAGGCCAAAAAGCACCCUUAUUCGGCAAAUGACAUUAAAAAAUUCGGAUCGGUCUGCUUACACACAAGACAGUACUUCGGAAAAGUCUCGAGGGUUGCGGCCCAUCAAGAGGCUGCUAUCCACCUCUGCAAUUCCCGACACGAACCCCGACGCGCGCAAAGAUGCGAUAUAUACCCUAGUCGAUAAGAUUCAACAGCAAGAAGCGGAUAUCGAAGUGCUACUGGAUGAACUUGACCUCCUAGACGACUACCAUACCGUUCUCAGCUCGGCCGACGUGGACCUGACUCAGACGUUGACGCAAGCAGUCGGGCAUCGGGACGAACAAUCAUUAGAAACCUGGGUACGAGGUGCAAGACAACAGUUUGGAAAUACUUUGCCUGAGGGAUUCUUGAACGCAACUGAGCUUCAGCUAUACACUCGGCUUUACGGGGAACCGAUUUUCCGGGAACAAGAUCUUGAGCUCGAGGAAGAGUCCGAAGAAGGCGACUUGGACCAACUUCUUCGUGAAGAUGGAGAGGGUGGAUGGGAAGAAGUUGAAUUCGAACGCUCGGUGGAAGAGGAAGAGGAGGAGAUUCCAGUGGUUUAUGAUAUGGAAGUUGAUCCAAUCGAGGAGGAAAGCCUUGCAAUGCAGCGAACGCGAGAAAUAGCCGAGCAACUCGGGGGCGAGAUCAUGCUGCAACAAUUCGAAGACGAAGCAGUGCCGGAUUCCCAUUCUCGGACACACCCUUUGACCGACGCUGGAAAAUUCUCUGCCGGUUCCAAGACUGUCUAUCUACCACAGGACACGGUGAAUGGUCCGGUGGCGGCGAUUCUGUCCCAGUACUCCAACAAACACAUCUCCGAGGCUGCCCAUCGCAUAUUUGGAGGCCCGCAUCUCCCUUAUUCUACCAGGACGCCACCUCCGUACCUUCAACUACCACAUAAACCGAUUCCUUUAAAAGCAUCACAGAAUUUUAUGGGCGAAAUGGAUGCUAACGCCUUCCUUUCUGUCCUAUAUCCUGGAAUUUAUGCAUCAAGCUUAAGUGUUUUGUCGGAAGUCCGGAAGCGUUUGGGCACGAAAUGGAUUCGCCGUCUGAUCAGCAAGGAUGGUGGCCCUAAUGUCCUAGAUGUUGGGGGCGGCGGCGCUGGCAUUCUAGCGUGGAGAGACAUUAUUCGUGCGGAAUGGGAGGUUAUGGUUCCCGACCAUCCUGCGUCCGCUCCAAUUCCCAUGGGCAGGUCUACGGUGGUGACGGGUUCCGAAGCCUUGAAGAUGCGUGCCAGCACCAUGCUUGAGAACACAACAUUCUUACCGAGAUUGCCAGACUAUGUUCAUGUCCGCGGAAAUCCAACCUUGGAUGAUUCGCGACCAGCUCCAAAGCGGAAACAGUUUGACAUCAUCGUCGCUCCCCACACUCUUCUCGAUAUUGACGAAGACUAUAUGCGAAAGGAGCACGUUGAAAACUUGUGGAGCUUGCUCAAUCCUGACGGCGGUGUUCUCAUUCUCCUCGAGAAAGGUCGCCAGAGGGGAUUUGAAGCCAUCGCUGGGGCCCGCGAGAUGUUGCUGAAACGCCAUAUCUCGAGCCCUGGGUCCACUAAUUAUGAAAACUUGACGGAGUCGUCUGAUGAUAAUACAGUUGUCAAUAAGGAAACUGGGAUGAUCGUCGCUCCUUGCACAAAUCACGAGAACUGUCCCAUGUACCACGUUGCCGGCAACGCCACCGGCCGCAAAGAUUACUGCCACUUCCAACAGAGGUACAUCAGGCCGCAAUACCUACAGCGCAUUAUCGGAGCGAAGGACAAGAAUCACGAAGACGUCAGUUUCAGCUACAUCGCUGUUCAGCGAGGCGUUGAUCUGCGCCAAGAGGAGGGCAUAUUACAAGGCUCCCAAGCCACCGAUGCCGCUUUCGAUGGAUACGAGAACCUGGGGAACGAAACCGCUGAGACUUCUAGAGCCGUCAUUGAUGAGGUUGAAGCAGCAACAGACUCCAACAACGUUCCCGGCACUCCAGAUACGGCCACCAAACAACAGGGAUUUAACACGUUGUCACUCCCUCGAAUCGUCUACCCACCUAUGAAGCGGCGAGGCCAUGUCAUCUUCGACUUUUGUACGCCAACUGGCACGAUCGAGCGGUGGACGGUCCCCCGGUCGUACAGUCGCCAGGCCUACAAGGACGCACGCAAGGCUCAAUGGGGCGACCUGUGGGCUCUAGGUGCCAAAACACGCGUCCGCCGGAAUUUGGCUCUUGGUGAGAAGCACGGCGAGGGCAAGAAAGAAAGACUCCUUCGACGCGCGGCUGCCAAAGCAGCGGCAAACGAAGGAGAAGGCCAUGAGGAAAUCGAAGAGGAGCAGCGUGGUAAGGGGUUACAGGAUAUCCCCAUUCCCACCAGGAAAAAGGGACAAAACAUCCCCAGCUGGAAGAAACACGCAGAUAAAAAGAAAGUCAGGCAGGCUCAGAAGAAGGUAGUCGCUUCUGGCUUGCCCGAAGACUUUUACUAGAGGCACCUCGGGGAUUCCUUGAGUUUUACUAUGAAGAUGUACGAUAGAUUUCUGGGUUGGACCAUUCUUCCUUGAAGUAAGAAGGGGGGAUAUGGUUAUGUAUAUUAUUAACAUUUGUGACUGGCGAUAAAAAAUGUAUUAUAGGACAAUUCUAUGCUCAAUCGCACGUCUCCACU